GGGGCCUGCGCGCGCAUGCGCUGUAGCGCGACGCUCUGGCGGGUAAGGCGAGGCGGUCCCUUCGAGCGUGGUAGUUUGCUCUUUGAAGGGAGUGAGGGCGGUUGGGUGCUCCUGGCUACUUUCCCUUACCCGGGAGAUGUCCUUUGCUUCUCAGAUGUAAUGCACUUUAAGUUUGUUAUUCAACAGUGAAAAUGAGUCAUACAGAGGUUAAAUUAAAAAUACCUUUUGGAAAUAAGUUACUAGAUGCUGUUUGUUUGGUACCUAACAAGAGCUUAACAUAUGGAAUAAUUCUUACACAUGGAGCAUCAGGAGAUAUGAAUCUUCCUCAUUUGAUGUCACUGGCAUCCCAUCUUGCAUCUCAUGGGUUUUUUUGCCUGAGAUUUACCUGUAAAGGCCUUAAUAUUGUACAUAGAAUUAAGGCAUAUAAAUCCGUUUUGAGUUACCUGAAGACCUCAGGAGAAUACAAGCUUGCAGGUGUUUUCCUUGGAGGUCGUUCAAUGGGCUCAAGAGCAGCUGCUUCUGUAAUGUGUCAUAGUGAGCCAGAUGAUGCUGAUGAUUUUGUUCGAGGUCUCAUUUGUAUUUCUUAUCCACUGCACCAUCCAAAGCAACAGCAUAAACUUAGAGAUGAAGAUCUCUUUCGUAUAAAAGAUCCUGUACUAUUUGUGUCAGGCUCAGCAGAUGAAAUGUGUGAAAAGAACUUGUUGGAGAAAGUGGCACAGAAAAUGCAAGCUCCUAAUAAAAUCCACUGGAUUGAGAAGGCAAAUCAUUCCAUGGCAGUGAAAGGACGGUCAACAAAUGAUGUUUUCAAAGAAAUAAAUACACAGAUUUUGUUUUGGAUCCAGGAAAUCACUGAAAUGGACAAGAAAUAAUUGUCUUUAGUUAAAAGCCAUGUUAUUUUGAAUACAAAUACAGUUAAUUUGAUAAAGAACAGUGUAACUCUCAACAUUGAGAUAUAUUUCCUACUAAUUUAAUGUUCUUUAAUGUUCCCCAUUUUUAAUAUGUUUUAAUUGUGAAAUUGAUGUCUUUUACAAAAUGUCUUUUGAAAGCAUAGUUCUAUAAAGAUGAUGCACAAAUAUUGAAGAUGGUCUAAAUAUAAUUUAUUUUCAUUAAUAUAGUUAAGUUUUGGAAAAAAUUAAACAUUUGAAUUUUGUUACAGUG